AUUGAAACCAAUCAUCUCAUCCUCUCCACAUCCAUUGGUUGGAGCUCCCUCACUCUCUACCAACAAAGCAAAGAACUCAAUCCCCACAAUCCAACCAUGUUCUUCACCACCACCACCACCACCACCACCUCUUCUUCCUCUUCUUCUUCCUGCAGCUACAAAGCUUAGAAAGCCAUGACUGGUGGUUCUUCUCCUGCUGUUGCUGUUCAUGGACAACAAAGCAGCAGCAGCAGAAGUAGCAGUAAUAUUAGCAAUAUUAGUAGUAGCACUAGUAGUAGCAGAAGCAUAGUAUGGUUUAGGAGAGACUUGAGAGUGGAGGAUAAUCCUGCACUUGCUGCUGGUGUUAGGAGUGGUGAUGUUGUGGCUGUUUUCAUAUGGGCACCAGAAGAAGAAGGGCCUUUUUAUCCUGGGAGAGUCUCUAGAUGGUGGCUUAGCCAAAGCCUUCACCAUUUGGACUCUUCUCUUAGGAGUCUUGGCACUCCUCUCAUCACAAAGAGGUCUUUUGAUACUGCUUCCACUCUCAUUGACAUUGUUCACUCCACUGGUGCUUCCAAUCUCUUCUUCAAUCAUCUCUAUGAUCCUUUGUCACUUGUUCGAGAUCAUCGACUGAAGGAAAGUCUGAGUGCUCAAGGGGUUACAGUGCGUUCAUUUAAUGCUGAUUUGCUUUAUGAGCCAUGGGAAGUGAAUGAUGAAAACCAGUGUCCUUUCACAACCUUUGCUCCUUUCUGGAACAAAUGCCUCAGCAUGCCUUAUGAUCCUGCUGCUCCACUUCUUCCCCCAAAACGAAUCUCCUCUGGUGAUGUGUCAAAAUGUCCUUCAGAUACUCUGGUGUUUGAGGAUGAGUUAGAGAAGGCAAGCAAUGCUCUUCUUGCUCGAGCUUGGUCACCCGGGUGGCGCAAUGCUGAUAAGGCCCUUAUGGCAUUUGUCAAUGGGCCAUUGAUUGAGUAUUCUGUUAAUCGAAAGAAGGCGGACAGCGCAACUACGUCCUUGCUUUCACCUCAUUUGCAUUUCGGCGAGGUGAGUGUCCGCAAAGUCUUUCACCUUGUUCGAAUGAAACAGCUCGUUUGGUCGAAUGAAGGAAAUAAGGCAGGCGAAGAGAGUGUUAACUUGUUUCUGAAAUCGAUCGGUCUUAGGGAGUACUCUAGAUACUUGAGUUUCAACCAUCCUUGUAGUCAUGAGAGACCAUUGUUAACUCACCUUAGGUUCUUUCCUUGGGUGGUUGAUGAGAAUUACUUUAAAUCUUGGCGACAAGGCCGAACUGGUUAUCCUCUGGUUGAUGCUGGAAUGCGAGAAUUAUGGGCAACUGGUUGGCUACAUGAUCGAAUUCGUGUCGUGGUCUCUAGUUUCUUUGUGAAAGUUUUGCAGCUUCCGUGGAGAUGGGGGAUGAAGUACUUCUGGGAUACACUACUCGAUGCCGAUCUUGAAAGUGAUGCUCUUGGUUGGCAAUACAUAUCAGGGACUCUUCCUGAUGGUCGAGACUUUGAUCGUAUAGAUAAUCCACAGUUUGAAGGUUAUAAAUUUGAUCCGAAUGGAGAGUAUGUGCGGCGGUGGCUGCCAGAGCUGGCUAGAUUACCAACGGAAUGGAUACACCACCCUUGGAAUGCGCCUGAGUCUGUUCUACAAGCUGCAGGCAUUGAAUUGGGCUCAAAUUAUCCUCUUCCGAUUGUAGAAAUAUCAGCAGCUAAGACAAGACUGCAGGAAGCUCUAGCAGAAAUGUGGCAACUCGAAGCGGCUUCCAGAGCUGUGAUGGAGAAUGGAACAGAAGAAGGACUUGGUGAUUCUUCAGAUGUGCCACCGAUUGAUUUUCCUCAAGAAACAGAUAUGGAAAUCGAUCGCGAACGUGAACUUCCUCGAAUUAACAACACAGCAGUUAGAAGACAUGCCGAUCAAAUGGUGCCAAGUAUGACUACAAUUUCUUCACUAAUUAGAGUUGAAGAAGAAGUAUCCGUUGGUGCUGGAAAUGUAGCUGAGGAUAGCAGGCCGGAAGUGCCAUCUAAUAUAAAUUUCGAGGCAGAUACUCAUAGAGAAGUAGCACAAGCUUUACCACAGUUUAAUCCAGAUAUUUUACGGAAUGCACUGCAUUCGACAGCAGAGUCAGCAAGCACUUGGACCGAAAGAGACGGUGGACUUGUUCCGGUUUGGUCUCCUCCGCCUACUUCUAGUCGUUCUGAGCAUUAUCCUGACGAUGAUGAUCCUGGUAUCGGGAACUCUGGUUACUUGCAGAGGCAUUCACAGUCACACCAAAUGUUAAAUUGGAGACAACUCUCACCAUCAAUGAGGAGGAGUUGGGAGAUGGAGAGCACAGUGCAACCGAAUGCAAUUGGGUAGACAUUCUAUAUAAUCUUUGAACAAAAGAAUCAUGUAAAUUAUUGACAGAUAUUUCUAUGCUACUUACUGCUUGAGCAUCGAUAAAUUAUCUGCAGAUCGAAUCUUGUAUGGAUUCGAUCGUGUCGUCUACUGCUUCCUUGUAUCAUAUCGUAUUGUAUAGAUUGUCCGAGAACUUUGUUAUUUUCCAGAGAUCCUUACAUUGUCUAUAAUGUAGCAGUAAUUUGGCCUUGUUUUUGUUCUUAA